AGCAUGUGUGCAGCUCAAAGCUCUAGGUCUGUAGAAAGUAGCCUGGACAUUCUUGCUCGACCAAAGGCAAAUUUCCUGAAAUACCAAGACAAGCCAUCUGUUUACUGGCAAGACAAGCCAAAAAUGUCUCCUACUUGUGGUCUGACGGCAAGACAGGAGGAGCUGGCAAAGCACAGAACAGUGAGCGAUAUCUAUAUAGAUGACAGACCAUCUCCUAUUUGGCUUGUUACCCCAAAAGCACUGCAAGCUGUCCCUUCUCCACGAGUGGAGAGACUUGCAGAGCCAAAGAGUGUUAGUCAGUACUGGAUGGAAGACCGAUCUGUAUACAGUAUUGUAACUGAAGAAGCUAAGAGAGCAUCUGCUAGUGCACGCAUUGUUCAGCUAGCCAAGCCAAGGAACCAUACAGGCAAUGGGAUACCCAGCAGACCAGCGAGUAAUCAAGAUGAAGAAAAAGACAAAGAAAGCCCCAGAUCUAAUAAAACUGUGACUGCUUCAGCUAGAACAGAAGAGUUAGCAGUGCCCAAAGGAGAACACUCCCAGUACCAACAUGAUCUCUCAGUCAUACGUCAUGUUUCUGCAUCUGCCCUCCAAGCUCAAGCCUCAGACAGAGUCUGCCAGCUUUCAAAACCAAAAACUCGAAAGUCUCUUUUUGAGGGAUAUGAUCCCUACCGAAUUUCACCUGCAGCUAAGCAUGCUGAGGCCUCUUCGCGUAUUGUUGAGCUCUGCACCCCCCCAGCUCGCAGGCAACGUCAAAAGAAAAUCUAAAACAUUUACUCUGUUGUCUCAAAAGCAGUUCAUAGUUCUUGUUUGCUGGUUGUCCACAUGAAAGUUGCAUGUAAAAUAUUGUGAACUGAAAUUUGGCAAAUUGUCAAAAUUAAAUAUCCACCUAAAAGUCUGGAAAUGAAUUCGUAAUACAGCGCUUAAA